AUGGCCGUGACGAACUUGUUAGAGCAGAAUGACCGACAUUCAGAAGCAAGCAUGCAUGCCAUAUCCAAGACAAAAAUUAUAUUUGUUGUCAUUUUGUUUAUUGUCUCGUUGACGGCGUUUGUUCUCCAGACAGAAUUUACGUCACAAGCUUACAAGCUAAAAUUUAGUGAACCGAUUCUACUAUUGACAGUUACACACGGCUCGUGGUGGAUUCUUUGGCCGUUGCAGGUAAUUUUUGUUUCUCUUUGGCGAACGGUUGAGAAUAGACGUAGUUAUAGUCAAAAAUCCAUAAGUGUAAGCAACCUGACUGGGGCAAAUAUACAAUACCAGAGGUUACAACACAGUCCAAGGGCAGCAACAGAAGACAACAACGAUGUUGAAGCAAGCUCAAAUCUAAAUGAACAACAAGACAUUCCGUUGCAAAAAGUUGGUGUAGUGGUUUAUUUCAAAAAAUAUAUUGUGAAACAGCUUCACAAUGUUUACCACACAGCAGUGUUGAUUUACGAGUCAAAUGUUAAUGAAAAUCGAUCAACUACUUUCUUAAACCAGAUCAUAGCAGAUAGCGCACAUAUUUCAGGCGGAUCUUCGGUAAGUGCAUGCAUCAAAUCCUUUUUCCAAACACCGGCAAUAAAGUACAUCGUGACAAAGGCAUUGAUUGUCACUCUAGUGCUUACUGUAGCUGGCUUCACUUGGUAUGGGGCAAUGAGUAUGACCUAUGCUGCAGAUGUUACCGCCAUCUACAACUGUUCGGCGUUCACCGCAUAUGCUUUUGCCAUUCCGUUAUUAAAUGAAAAAUUUUCCUGGUUGAAAGUCAAUUCGGUUAUUAUUGCAAUUGUUGGUGUUUUUAUUGUAUCUUACUCAUCGUCUAGCGAUACUUCACCCGGUGAAGAAAAAGGAAAAGAACCUGACUCUGAUAAUCCAUACCCGUACAGAUUUUGGGGUAAUUUAAUCAUAUUCAUUGGUGCUAUACUCUAUGGAUACUACGAAGUCUUGUACAAGAAAUAUCUUUGUAUUCCUGCACACUUGACCAAGAUCAUUACUCCCAGAAGACAAUCUACAUUUGCCAAUUUUGUCAUGGGGUUUUUUGGGGCAUUCACGUUGGUAAUAUUAAUGACACUAAUCUUUGUACUUCACAUUUUUCACAUACAUAGGUUCAACUUUUUCAACUAUGGCGAAAACACGCAACGGAUCUGGCUCUAUAUCUCAGGAUCUAUAGUGAGCAACUUGUUGUUUAGUGCUUCAUUUUUGUCACUAAUGGCCUUGACAAGUCCCGUGCUAUCAUCCGUGAGCUCAUUGUUGACCAUUUUCCUCAUUGGGUUGGUAGAAUGGUGGGUAUUUGAUAAUGCUUUGGAUAUCCAGCAAAUCAUUGGGGACUGUUUUGUUAUAGUUGGGUUUGUUAUGUUAACAAUUGCAUCAUGGAAAGAGAUUAGUGAAGGUAAUGAAGACGAUGACGUUGAAGCGGUGAGUACUUACUCGUUUCCCUUGAGUACUGAUGGAACUAGGUAA